AUGUCGCAUCCUGAGACUUACAGAGCUUAUGCGUUCUUAGAGAAAGGGGGGGAACUCAAACCAAUCGAGGUCCAAUGGAAGGACCCGGAACAAGGCGAAAUCGUCGUGAAGGUGCUCGCAUGCGGCGUGUGCGCUAGUGAUGAAAUGGCAAAGUACCAAAUUCUCCCAGGAACGGCCUUCCCGCGCAUUCCAGGUCAUGAGAUAGUUGGGGAUGUUGCUGCGAUCCCGCCAACUGAGACUGUAUGGCAGAUCGGUCAGAGAGUUGGCGCUGGAUGGCAUGGGGGUCAUUGCUCGACCUGCAGACGAUGCCGCCAAGGCAGGUUCUCACUUUGUGCGAAGAAGCAGACGAAUGGCAUUGCAAGAGAUGGUGGUUUCGCGGAAUAUGUCACUCUCCGUACAGAAGCAAUAGCUCACGUCCCGGAUGAUAUUGAUCCAGCGGAGGCGGCACCUCUCCUCUGUGCAGGUGUCACCUGUUUCACAUCCAUCCGUAAGAUGAACGCGGCACCUCCUGACUUGAUUGCUGUACAGGGAAUGGGGGGUGUGGGUCACCUUGCAGUACAAUUCACCAAGGCAAUGGGAUACCGCACCGUUGUUCUUUCAACGUCUCCCGACAAAGAGAAGCUCGCGUACGAGCUUGGUGUGGAUGCGUUCAUCGACAGCUCGGCGGGCGUCAGCCACGCGCAAGAACUCAAGAAGAUGGGCGGUGCGCAGGUCGUGAUCUGCACAAACCCAGACCCGAACGCAAUAGAAAGCGUUCAGUUGGGCCUCACACAUGGCGGCCAGUUCAUGCUUAUCGCCGUGACAGAGCGUGUGAAUAUGCAUUGGGGCAUGCUGGUGGAAUUCCAGUUGUCAUUGGAUAUCGGCGUUGCAGGAACUCCCAUUGAAUCCGAAGAGUGCUUCGACUUUGUGAAGACACAUUCCAUCAAAGUUAUGACAGAAAGAUUCCCGCUUGGGAAGGCCCAGGAGGCGUAUGAACGCCGGAAUGUAGCGAGGUUCAGAUCUGUCAUUGUACCGAGCUUGGGAGUAUGA